CACAAGUUAGGUAGAGUUAAAGGAAACUACACCGACUGGACUCCGUAGUAAAUUAUAGCAAUUUUCUAACCAUUUGCAGUGGUCCCACCUUUCUCCACUCACGCAACUGCAAAAUCCCUCAAAGGCUCACCAGGACUAUCUGUUAGGCUUCAAGCAUCUCCGUAACCAUGGCAGAUGACCUAAAGAAAAUUGUUGCAGACAAAAAGGAUGUGGUGGAAAAUGUGAUGGAAGCAUUUGAAAAGGGAGCUGAAGUGCUGGCCAGUAUUGCUGGAGAUAUUUUCCCUGUCUUCUCCAUAGCAGCUCCCAUUGUGAAGCUGGCACUUGAUAAUGUGGAGAGCAAAGAAGCAGAAUACAUGAAGGAACAGUUUCAGAGGGUCCGCGAGCGUCUCGAGGUCAUAUCGGAGGAGGUCAAGCGCAUAAAUGAUGAAGUGAAGAAAAGUGGAGUGGAUGCUGCUUACUUCUCAGUGGAGGAGAAUAUGACCAACCAGUUUCGCAAAUACAUGGACAUCCUCAACGCCAAGCCCAAAUUCAGAGAGGUCAAGAAGAGGCUGUUUCUGGAACACUUCAGCAAAACUGAAGGUGACAAAAACCUGCACACGCUUUAUAAUGCUGUAACAGGAGAUAAUUUCUCUGGAGAAUCCAUUCUGAAUAUCACUCUCGACUACGAACAGAAGAGCCGUCGGCCAGUGGAGGACUACUGCGCCAGACUGAAGCAGUUGUUCUGCAUAGGUCUUAUUGCCUUAAUGGGACACGCAGCUCUGAAAGGCGGUGAAGAUGAGCAAGAGCUGCUUCAGGAUUGGAUCGAAAAGAUGAAAGUGGUCCAGUCAAAAAUUAAUGAAGUUAUUGAAGACUGCAUCAACAACUUCCCAAGUCAAGCAGAGAUUGAUAUAAAGCAUCUGGUGAGGGACCAUAAGGACAAAAGCAACCAGCAGCUGGUCAACAUGAUCAUUGAGAACCUGAAAAAAAAGUAUGACUGGGUGUGGUGGUCAGUCCGUGUCUUCGACUCACCAAAGGGCUUCUUUACCAGCAAAAAGGACCCCCACUGUGCCACAGGCAAGAGCAGGUUCCAGGUGCCUGACCCAGAUAACAAUUUGAAUGUUGUGGUGUCCUACAGUGCUUCUCCUGAACCAGUUGACAAAGACAAGAUCCAGGAGCUGGUCCAGUCCCAGAAGAAGAUCUCAGUCCCAGGAAUUGCAGAGCUUCUGUUUGAAAAUACUCCUUUGUGUGUGAUUCACGUUGUCAACAAGUCUUGCAAAAAUGUUGCCUACUCAUGGAGCUUUACAGAUGAGCUUCAUUUAUUUGAGGACGACAAGAACUUCUACCUGUUUGUUCAUUCUGCCUGAGCCAACAGAGCAACUGUAAAUUUACUUUUGACUUUUAAUUUUGUUACUACUAGGGGUGGGAAUCUUCAGAAUCUUCUUUUUAGCUGACAAUUCUAUGUACAAUUUCAUGUGAUUAUUCUCUAUGCAUCUUGAUUGAAAUACAUCUUGAUACAUCUUUAUUCUACAAGU